AUGAUGUUCUUUAACAGUGCCUUUGACCCUGUACUUUGUCGUUCUUUUCCGACUUAUUUAGAUGGUGCUGCUUUACUUUGGUUUUCGAAGAUUCCUGCAGAUUCCAUCUCUAGCUUCGAGGAUUUGGCGGGGUCCUUUAUUGAGUAUUUUGCAGCUUCGAGAAUAUAUGUCCAGGGGUCGGAUUACCUCAGCACCAUCAAGCAAGGCCAGCAUGAAAGUUUAAAGGAUUAUAUGACCAGGUUCGCCAAGGCAAUCGUAGAAAUACCCGACCUCGACCCCAAAGUACACCUCCACGCACUAAAGAGCAGCCUGAGACCAGGUAAAUUUCAGGAGACAAUAGCUGUAACCAAACCAAGGACCUUGGAGGAAUUUCGCAAAAAAGCGGCAGUACAAAUGGGAAUCGAAGAGCUUAGAGAAGCUCGGCGAGCAGAAAAACAACCUCUGCGAAAAGAGGAAAAACACCCCAAGACACCAAACCAGAAAGACAAUAAGAAACCUUUCAAACUAACACCAAAAUAUAAUGCCUAUACCCAGUUCAACUCCAUAAGAGAAUACAUCAUCAAGGAAAUAUUGAAUGCAAAGAUCAUCAAGCCACCUAGCAGAGUAGGCUCGUAUCAAGACCAAAGAUACGUCGACAAAUCAAAACACUGCACCUUCCAUCAAAAGUUCGGCCACACAACCGACGAAUGCGUGAUAGCUAAAGACCUCCUGGAGAGGUUGGCCAGGCAAGGACACCUGGACAAAUAUAUAAGCAGCCGAAUGCAACAGACCCGACAGAACACUACCGACCUUCAAACGGAGCAGAACCCAAUCACCACAGAAAAGGUCAAGCCUCAACCACCUCCAACAAGAAUAGUCAUAAACUGCAUCUCGGGAGGAUUUGCAGCGGGCGAAUAUAUAAACUCAGCAAGGAAACGAAGUUACAGAACCAUGUUAAUGGUCCAGACGAUGAAAGAAGUAGCCACACACCAACCAGCCAUACCUGGCAUCACUUUCGAAUAG